CGUCAGUGCCGCAGUCAGCCAUAGCUCGCGAGGGAGGUCGCUCAGGUCGUGUGGCUUCGCUGUGCCGUGUGCACGUAAUGGAGCCGCGUUGUUUGUAGCGUGUGUUGUCUCUUCGUGUGUGAACAGGCCCGUGUGUAGCGAGAGACAUGAAGAGCCGACCCGCAUUGCUGGUCGCGUGCUGCGCGGUGGUGAUGUUUGAUCCAGUCGGCGCCAUCGACUGCUACCAGUGCUCGAGCACGGACCAGGACAACCCGUUCCAGUGCAACGAGUUCCUCACAAGCGACAUCAGCAUCCAGGCAGAGCCAUGCAGCGCCGUGUACGGCGCCCGCUAUUGCGUCAAGCAUACCGGCCGUUUCGAAGGUGGGCUGGGCACCAAGCGCUACUGCUCCUCGCGGGACCUGGGCAACUACUGCAACUACCACAACCAGCCGGGCGACCAGCUCGAGUACCGCUCCUGCGUCUUCACCUGCUCCUCGGACGGCUGCAACCCCGCGGGCGUGCGGGCCGUCAGCGGCGCGCUGCUGCUGGCUGCCGUGCUGGCCGCGCUGACCGUGCUGCUGUGAACCACUGGCCCCCCUCCCCCCUUCACAGCAAACAUCACGGCAGACUCUCGCCAAGUUUAUAUUUUUAUAUUGAUUGUAACAUGCGUGAAUCCUGUGCUGAACGUGACCAGAUUGUUUGAUGAAAUGUAAAAUUUAAAUGUGUUUGUAAUACAACAACAACAACCUCAUUUUUAGUAUGGUCAAUAAAAUAAAAUGACAAACUA